AUGCAACAGGCAGAACAGCGAGUACCACUCCAAACUCGCCUGCAGAACGUGCUGAAGCACAAUCAGAUCCACCAACAACUGUUGAUGGUAGAGCUGAACCUGGACAGAGACGAUGUGCGCCUGCGAGUUCCGACCUACAGAGUAGGUCCAUGCAGCAGCUCGUUGACAGCAGGGUCCUCGCGUCCGCAGUUUAUGCAGGUGUCGCGGCCGCAGAAGCGUUGGAUGGGCAGUGCCAGCGCGGUAACUGCGAGGACUCCAGAGGCCGCUCCAGGUUUCUUAGCGGAGACAGUUUCUUCGAGGAUGCGGCGAGACUCUCGCCCCAAGUCUGCGGAGCCCCGUGUUCGCGAGGCGCUGCGGCGACGGGAAGGGCAGCCAGAGGCUAUCUCCAGGUGUUCCUCCGCAUCCCAAAGCCCUCGCUCAGGUCCAGUUUCGCCCAGGAGCAAGUUUGAAACACAGACUCGCAGGAGAGAGUGCAGGUUGGGCCAGUCUUUGCAUACAAACCCAGGUGGCAAGGUGAUGAUCAUUCCUCCGCAGGCUGGAGCGCAAAGCCGUUCUGGCGAAGCUCCGAGGACCUCCACAGCUGGCUUCCACACGAGGGAGCACUGUCCCAAAGCGCCACCUCCUUCUCCCGGCGCUGCUGUCCGAAGCAUCGACAAGGACUUGCAUGAAGAAGCUGCUACACCACCGGCGAAGCCUAUGCAAGCCCAGCCUGCCCAGGGUGAAACACCGCUUCAGCCACGGCAGGCUAGUUCCCUGAAAGAGAAUUCGCUCACCCAGGAGGAAGCCGCUUCGCCGCUCCAAUCAGUCGAGGCACAGCUGCUGCCAAGCUGCAAGCCGCUCUCGCCGAUCCGCGAGGUGUCUGAAAAUGCAGUUCCGAAGGCACGCGAAAGGUCUCGAGACGACAGUUCUCGGCACAGAGACGCAACAGGUCUGGACGGUGCGGAUGGAAGACCGGGGAGCUUGCAGCCGGCAUCGGCAGGAGAAGGAAGUUGCCAUCUACCGUCCCGAGAGAGGUACAACUUGCUUCGGCAAGCCUUCUUGGCCGAGAGCCGGUGA